CCGCCGGCCCGCGCCUGACCCGCGGGAUGAAGGAGGCCCAGGCCGCGGCCGAGGAGGCGCCGCUGGGCGCGCGGUCCGCCAAGGUGGUCCUGGUGGGCGACGGCGGCUGCGGGAAGACGUCGCUGCUGAUGGUCUUCGCCGAUGGGGCCUUCCCCGAGAGCUACACCCCCACGGUGUUCGAGCGCUACACCGCCAAUCUGCAAAUGAAGGGCAGACCUGUGCACCUCCAAAUCUGGGACACGGCAGGGCAAGAUGACUAUGACCGCCUGCGGCCCCUGUUCUACCCUGAUGCCAGUGUCCUGCUCCUCUGCUUCGACGUCACCAACCCACACAGCUUUGAGAACGUCUUUAACCGGUGGUACCCAGAGGUGAGUCACUUCUGUAAGAAGGUGCCCGUCAUCGUCGUGGGCUGCAAGACUGACCUGCGCAAGGACAAGUCACUGGUGAAUAAGCUGCGGAAGAACGGGUUGGAGCCCGUGACCUACCACAGGGGCCAGGAGAUGGCGCGGUCCGUGCGUGCGGUGGCCUACCUCGAGUGCUCGGCUCGGCUGCAUGACAACGUCCACGCCGUCUUCCAGGAGGCAGCCGAGGUGGCUCUUGGCAGCCGCAGUCGCAACUUCUGGCGGCGGAUUACCCAGAGCUUUUGCGUGGUGACUUGACCGGCGUGCGGCCCUCCCCACCUUGGACCACCCAGCAGCCCGGGAAGGAGCUGGGCACUGACCUGCGGGGUUGGCUGCGCUGUACCCAGUCCCCAGCUGUGGCUGCUGAGCGCACCUCAACAGAUGGGCGCCACCCAGGGGCCUGGGAACCCUGGACUGAGGAAGGGGGUUCCCAGGCCGACCAGCCCUGUGGAAAGCUGGUCCUGCAGUCCGCUGGACUCACUCUCAGACUCCCAGCGCCCAGUCUUGGACCGACAUCCCGGAGUGGCCCGUGCAGCCUCACGCCACCUUGUGGCUGUUCCCAGGGCUGCACCUGCAGGACCUGGAGAUCUUAGGACUCUCCUGCCAGAACCCCACACCCUGCCCCUUCCCCCUUCCCCCUACCCU